CACGAUUUUGAUAUGGGGGACCUUAGUGAACCGUGUGCUUGAUUUUAUGGAUGUUAAGGUAUCCAAAGAAUCGUUUCUAUUGAGCUCAAAGGGCCCUCUUAAUAGAAUCUUUGCUGGCCACUCAUUUGAAGGAUUCUUCCUAUGUUUUGCACUGUCCACGUACUAUGUGAUAAGUCUCAGAAGAACCGAAACGGUGCUCCCCCUUACAAGUCGCUCAGGAAUGUCAAUUCGGGCGAUCCUAUUGCGUCAGUUGAUUAAAUUAGCAGUGAUCUACGUCUGGCUUUCUUUCCAAAUCGUGUGGUUUUUCGGAGACUCUGUAUUUGAUAGGAUACUUGAGCUCACAGGUGGCCAUUGUUUACAGAAAGCAGGCCUUAAUUAUAAACAAUGCCGUAUUCUCAAUGGCAAGUGGAUUGGAGGAACAAAAUUUAGCGGGCACUCUCUAAUUUUGAGCUGUUUUGGACUCAGUCUGAUUUUCGAGCUCGAAAACGUGUCUAAAACGUAUAGACCUGACGCGGCAACAGCCUUGCUCAAAGGCCUGCUUUUUUGCUGUAGCGUCUAUAUUGCCGCCUGGCUUCUGCUCUUCACGAUCACAGCUAUCUUUUACCACACGCUUCCAGAAAAAAUUGUUGGCUUAGCAGCUGGCAUGUUUGUCCCGUAUCUCCUCUACUUCAAACUCGAAGACAAAUUAAAAAUUGUAUAACUUGUAUAAUUUACAUCGCUAUUCCU